AUGCGCAGCAGCAGGUACGCUCUCCUCUCGCUCGGUGCCGGUGCCGCCGUAGCAUCGGCCGCGACGAUUGACGUCAACGUGGGCCAAAACGGCUUCACCUACUCUCCGGACACGGUCAUGGCGGCGGUGGGCGACGUGGUCAACUUCCACUUCUACCCGGGCGAGCACACGGUCACGCAGUCGUCGUUCGACAGCCCGUGCCAGCCGGUGUCGGGCAACGCCAUCAACUCGGGCGUCAUCAACUCCAACUCUGGCCAGGCGAGCACCAUGUUCUCCAUGCGCGUCAACUCCACCGACCCCAUCUGGAUCUAUUGCGGCCAGGUCGGGCACUGUGCCGCGGGCAUGGCCAUGGUGAUCAAUCCACCAUCGAACGGCAACACGCUGGCCGCCUAUCAAUCAGCCGCCAGCGGGAAGUCGGGCCAGAUCCCUUCCAACGUGUUCGGAGGCGUCAUUGUCGCCAACGUGGACGGUGCCGGGGCCAGCUCGAGCAGCAGCAGCAGCAGCUCUUCCGCCUCUGGCUCUAGCUCCAUCACCUCGGGAUCCUCGUCUGCGACCUCGUCCGCUACGACGACAACCGCGGCCGCCAGCUCGACCAAUUCGGCCUCCUCGGCACAGUCGACGGGCAACGCCGCCUCGUCGAGCUUCGGUGUUCUGUCCCUGGAGUGGUCGCUUGUGGGCACCCUGUUGGCUCCAGUCGCGGCAUAUUUAUUCUCUUAA